UCAUUAGUGACAGGAGCGCAGGGUGCCUGUCCCUUUAAGAACACCUAAGAGCGCAUCCUCCCCCCUGCUGACUCCAUCACACAGCAUUCUCCUCUCAGAAGGCCUGUCCGUACAGGGCCACACAUCAUACAAUCACAAGUCAACCGCAAUCGCCGCUAUCGCCUGUUUGAGCUUGGACCCAUCCCCGUCGAGGCAGUGGCGCAACAUAAUUGUUAUUCACAUAUCUCUAAAUCUGAUCCUAAAGGCUGUUCCGCGCUCCAAGAUGGCUGAGCUGAAUUUGGGGAAGGGGCUGACUGCGGGGAAGGUGGCCAGCAAUGUGCAAAAAAAACUGACCAGGGCCCAGGAAAAGGUUCUUCAGAAACUGGGAAAAGCAGAUGAGACCAAAGAUGUGGCGUUCGAGGAGGGGGUUAUCAAUUUCAAUGAUUCUAGACCGAAAGGCAGCAAGCUGCAGAGAGACCUGAGGGCUUAUCUGGAAGCAGUUUCAGCCAUGCAUGAGUCCUCCAGGAAUCUCCAGUCCUGUCUGGCGGACAUGUACGAGCCAGAGUGGGAGGGCAAGAAUGACGUGGACUCCGUGGUGGAGGACUGUGAUGUGCUGUGGACUGACUAUCACCAGAAGCUGGUUGACCAUGCUCUGAUCUCCAUGGACACCUACCUGGGCCAGUUUCCUGAUAUUAAGGCGCGUAUUGCUAAGAGGGACAGGAAACUGGUGGAUUUCGACAGCGCCAGACACAACUACUCAGCCACACACAAGAACAAGAAAAAGGAUGGCGGCAUCAAAAUCACCAAGCCCUCCACCCUGUUGGAGAGAGCCACCCCAGGGGGCCCGGGUAUCCUGUCUGCUCACAACGUGGCCCAGAGCAGUCUUUCCAGAAGCCAGGCAGAGGAGGAGCUGGAGAGGGCGCAGAAAGUGUUUGAAGAGAUUAAUAUAGACCUGCAGGAGGAACUACCAUCUCUCUGGAAUAGUCGCGUGGGCUUUUACGUCAGCACCUUCCAGAGUCUGGCUGGCUUCGAGGAGAAGUUCCACAAGGAAAUAGGCCGGCUGGAUCAGGACCUGAACGACACGUUGGUUGCUCUGGAGGGAUCAGACACCACAAGAAAGACAGGUAAACGCAGCGCGCCCUCCACCAGCGGACCGUCCCGGAGUGCCCCAGAACCAUCUAAUCACACUCUGAGGCCAGCAGGCCCACCCCCCAUACCAAAGUCUCCAUCCAAGCUGAGACCGACAGUUCCUCCCCCCCCUAAGGUGACCCCCUGCAAGGACAUGAAGACGGACAACAUCAUCAACCUUUUCGCCUCAGCCGCCGCGCCUGACAUCAGCAUCACCUCCCCCACCCAGUUUGACAGUCCCGCAGCAUUGAACGACCUGUUGGACAUGGACCUGGACUCUCUAAAUGCGGCCCCCACCCAAGUCUCUACUACGGCCACAAAGGAUGCAAACUGGGAUUCAUGGCGUGAGGAGGACAGUGGCUCCCAGGAGAAAGAGGAGCCCGUCCACUAUGACCCGGUGGCCGCUGCCUCCGAGGGCUGGGGCGACGAUGGCACCAGGCCCGUCCGCAUCGACCCAGUGGCCGCUGCCUCCGAGGGCUGGGGCGACGACGGCUCCAAGCCCGUCCGCAUCGACCCAGUGGCCGCUGCCUCCGAGGGCUGGGGCGACGACGGCUCCAAGCCCGUCCGCAUCGACCCAGUGGCUGCUGCCUCCGAGGGCUGGGGCGACGACGGCACCAGGCCCGUCCGCGUCGACCCAGUGGCCGCUGCCCAGGAGGGCUGGGGCGACGAGGGGAGUAACCACAAGGGCGACGUGGCGGUCUCCCCCCCUGGAGAGGAGGACGAAGCCCUGGCCUCUUCUCCUGAAGCUGCCCAGGAUCUGAGCCCAGAGCAUGAAGAGCCGACGGCCGAAGCCCCCUGUGGCAGUGAGGAAGGCCAGAGUGACUCCUCUGCAGCCCAGGAGCCAGCAGCUGUAGCAGUGGAGGAGCCGGCCGCUGAAGAGGCUCCUCAGACCCCGGUGGCGGCCCUAGAACCUGCCGAGGUGCUUUCAGAGUCCCAGGACCUGCCCCCGGGCUUCCUGUUCAAGGUCCAGGUGAUGCAUGACUACGCUGCUAACGACUCUGAUGAGCUGGAGAUGAAGGCUGGAGAUGUUGUGCUAGUGAUCACCUUCACCACCCCAGAUGAACAGGACGAUGGCUGGUUGAUGGGCAUGAAGGAGGGCGAUUGGCGUCAGAGCAGAGACAACGCCGCAAAAGGGGUAUUCCCAGAGAACUUCACUCAGAGGCUGUGAAGAACGACACAAGCUCCUCCACCACCGUCCUCCUUUGGUUCCUCCAUCCUUCCUCCCUCUCGUCCUUCCUGUCCACUUCCCUGAUGUUUAUCUGUUAGGACUUCAUAGGCCAUACAAGCGGUUUGUGUCAGUCAGCCUUGGGUGAGAUCCUUGUAUUUCACCAGCUCUGGUGCAUGACAAACCUAGACCUUCCCUUGGUUUGAGUUGGUACUUCUUUUCAUUUAAAAAAAGACGUUACUUGUCUGCUGAGGAAGGAAAGUCUUUAUCCUGUGCUGUUCUCCAACACAAGGAGUACAAUGAUGUUUUAUGUUUUGGACAGAUACAGAACUAAUGACUUCACAGACCGCUGCCCCUGACUGGGGCUCCGGCCUGUCCUGGAGAACACAUUCCAGUUGACUGGUUACAUACAAUUUGAAUUAAGAUCCAUCUCAGAUAAGUCUGAUUAAUUUGUACAAUAUUACCAAAUAUUAACCAAUAGCUUCCCGGCAAUGUUGAAGCCUGAAUACUUUCUUGACGGUCUGGCAAAAUUGGUCUCUGCAAUAUACAAUAUCUAUAUACAUAUGUUUCCAAUGGACGAAGAUAUCUUUUGAAUGCGUCAUCAAUACAAGUCAAUAGAAAUGGAGUAAGUGAAGUUAAAGCCACCAGCUGUACCAAGUCAUUGCGAUGUGUUUCCUCUGGUUAACCAAUCACCAACCAGCAUUACUAACAUGCGGAUAGUUAGAAAACAACAUGUUACUGUAGCCUUGACGAUGGGUAUCAAAGUCUGCGAUUAACCUGACACACACACACACACACACACAAACAUGCACGCAGACACAUGCACACACACACCAACACAAACACGCGCGCGCGCAUACACACACACACACACACACGAACACACACACUGUGUCCAAUCAGAUCGGAUCAGAUUGGCUGUGGAUCUCAGCUACACCGUUUCUUCCUGUUUCUGCGAUAGCGCACCCCAGCUCUUAGUGCUGUUCCAGUGUGGUCCUCAAGCAGAGCAGUAUAGGAAGCCACUGCUCAUUGACCCCUUCCACUGCUAACACUCAAGGCCUGAGGCCACGGGACCUACUCAUGUCAAGGGGGGGUCCUUUAGUCUGCGUAAAGGCCCAACCUACGAGAACUCAUUCCUCGAGAGGUCAUUCCUCCCUCAUGACCUCGUAUUUGUGCACAUCUGUUAAGAGGUGAUUAUUACCCAUAACCUGUUUGGAUUCUUAUCACUGUUGCGUUGCUGUUGACUUUCACCCAUUUCAGAUGUUACUGUGAUCUGAGAAUCAGAAAUACUUUAUUGAUCUCUGGGCCGAUAUUCUGUCACGUUACAUGAACAGCCCUUUAUUAUCUUUAUUAGAUUAUCUUGAAUAACAGAACAAGAACCUCAAACCUGUUUCUGUCAAUCAACAGUUCAGAGUUUCAAAUUAGAUUCCAAAGAAGCACCACGAUCCAACCACUAUAAAUAUCAUUCAGACCAACAGUCAGAGAUUGACAUGAGGAAAUCUAACCUAAUAUUUUAAAAUGUUCUGAUUCAAAAUAAACAUUAUCAUUUAGAAAAGAGUUACAUUGCACAGAUUUCUAUGACAUUUGAUUUGAUUAUAUUCCAUCAAUCCUAGGGUAGAAGAGCAGAGAACUAGAAACCUAGCCAAGCUAACAUCCUUAUGGGAAUUGGCUAAUUGCAGCGUAUUAUGUUUGUAGGUCCAACAGUUAUACCUUGCAACAAAAACUGAGCCAGUCCUUAUUAUUUUAAUGAAAUGUGCCGAAAAAUGAGACCAUUUUUUGGGGGGGAUCUUUGUAUGCAUAGCGUCCACAUAACUAUGUAAUCCAGGUGAUAUUGAAUAUGCAUCAGAGCAACUCUUUUUAUUUUUGUAUGCUGCCAAACUAUAAUGAUAUAUACUAUAGAGUCUAACAAUGUCAAUGGAAUUGCCAACCAGACGUGUACUGGAGUGUUUUGUACCCCCUGUGUGGCUUGUUGCUAACAAGCCACCUAGGUAGUUAAAACUACAGUAGUCUCAUACUUCUAACUCCUUCAUCGAAUCAUGCGGGAGCAUGAGUCUUACUCAGAUGUCGUUUGAGUUGAAGGACGAUGUGUGGUUAUGUGCUUACUCUGCGGGCCGCGUGCUCAGGUGUGUGUGUGUUUGUUUUUUGAGUGAUGAGCAGGUACGUUGUGUUGAAGAGGAAAUACAUUAUUUAUCUAUUUGGCGAUGUUAAUGCGGACCCUGAUGGGGCUGGUCCAUGUCCCAGGAGACUCUGAAGACCCAGGGUCUGGGUCCUGGACUUGGUCUGGUCCCGGUUCAGGGUCUGGUCCCGGUCCAAAGGCCGGUCUCCAUCUCAACGUGUUAUUGUGCAUUUGUUGUUGUGUGUAAAUGUGUAAACUUUGCCAAUCUGUCACCACAGAUCUACAUAUUCUAUAGAGACAUUCAUAUCUUUGUGUGAGUUAGUGUGCGCAUGCCGAGACCCCCGUGUUGUGUGAUGACCCCCCCCCCCCCCCCCCGACACUCUGAGGUUAAUACGUUGACAGCAUUAUGAAUCCCCCCCACCCCCCCUGUUAGUCCAUCUAAGGGAUCCCAAACCUGAGAGUAUUGUGUGUGUCUGGUUUAAAGCCUCACCUGUCGUGAUGCUGGGGUCUUUCUGAAUAAGGAAAAGGAUGUGGCUUUGAUUCUAAUACCCUGAUACCCCACACUGUCCUCACAAUGCUGCCAAUCUGUUGGACCCAACCUCUUGUUGACUACGACUGUGGAGACGGACAAAACUCGACAAGCAGAUGUUUUCAAAUUUAUUUUUUAUCUUUAAGUUUGAACCACUUGAGGUGUGCAUUGUUUUCAUAUGAUAGUUGCGAUGAUGGUCGUAAACUGGCCAUCACAGGAACCAUGCUACACUUCUCUUUCCCUCAGAUAUUUAAAAUGUAGAAACUUGACCUGGGUCUGCGACUGUCUGUGUCUUUGCUGAACUGUGGGAAAAUACGACAGAAUUUUCCUGUUCUUAACUGACCAAUAAUAAUAAUAAACAUUACUUAGAAUCUCUCA